UAUGCCCAUUGAAUGUAAAUAUAGGACAGUAACAAUCCAUAACCAAAAACAUUCCAAUUAAAAUCCAGAGUACAAAUAUGGGAUAAGAUCAAGCCAAACUUUGACAAAGAAAAACCUUGAAAUAUGCAUAUUAAAGAAAGAAAACAACAUUAGUUGUAUUACUCAAAAUGUUUCUAUUAACACAGAAUGAAACUACUACGUGUAACUCCUCUACACCAAGGUACGCCACUGAAUAGCUCACAAAGUUAGCAUCUAUGUUAAGCUAGUUGGGGGAAACCCAUUAGCUGAUCCUUAGCCAAGGAGUUGGUGACGGAGCGCGACUUGGAGGGCACGAGGAGGACGGUCUGUGCAGGUGGAGGUGCGUGGCGACGCUGUACCUUUACAACUGAAGGUUUUAAUCCUCCUCCAGGACGUUGAGUUGCAUCGUGGCGCCAUUUCCCCCCGUCACACCGUCGGCGCUGUUCCAUUAUGCCGCUCCAGUUUACAGCUGCGGUGCUCGCAAUUGGGAGUUUCCGCUGAGCACCUGAACGCAGCACGAGAACUCCAGCGAAGGAGAGGGACUUGAGUGAGAGGAAGAGGAGGAGGAGGAGGAGGCAGAUCGAGGGGAAGCAUGAAGAAUAUCCCCGGAAUCUAGGCUGACGGACGGGGAGAGCAUCUCGUCUUCCCUCGCUCAUUUAGGGGCCGACCGGAGGCGGCGGGGGCUGAGGACAGGAUGGAGAAGAGGAAUCCGUUUCUUUGUGGGGUAGUGGAAGGAUUCUAUGGCAGGCCUUGGUCUAUGGAUCAGAGGAAAGUCCUCUUCCAAUGGAUGCAACAUUGGGGGUUGAACACGUACCUGUAUGGUCCCAAAGAUGACCUAAAGCACAGACUGUUGUGGAGAGAAGUCUACUCUCCUGAAGAGGAGGUUCAGUUGCGUACUCUCAUAGUGGAGGCCCAGUCUCGAGGCCUGAGGUUUGUUUACGCCCUCUCUCCUGGUCAGGAUAUCGUCUUCUCUUCUUCCUGUGACCUGACACUGCUCAAACGCAAGCUGAGACAGGUAUCAGACCUGGGUUGCCAGGCCUUUGCCAUUCUGUUUGACGACAUCGAUCACUCCAUGUGUCAGGCCGACAGUGAGGCCUUCUCUUCAUUCGCCCAUGCUCAGGUCAAUGUAACCAAUGAGAUUUAUCGGUUCCUGGGGGAACCACCCGUCUUCCUCUUUUGCCCGACAGAAUACUGUGGUGCUCUGUGUUCUCCCAGUGUGUCUAAGUCUCCCUACCUGCAGACUGUUGGAGAGGACCUUCUGAACAACAUCACAGUAAUAUGGACAGGCAGUAAGGUCAUCUCUAGGAAGCUGUCUGCAGACUGCCUGGCGGAGGUGGAGUCUGUCCUGCAGCGCCCUCCGCUCAUCUGGGACAAUCUGCACGCCAAUGACUAUGACUCCAGGCGUCUCUUCCUGGGGCCUUUCAAGGGCCGAGAGCCUCAGCUGAAGAGCCACCUCAGGGGCCUGUUGCUCAACCCUAACUGCGAGUUUGAAGCCAACUAUAUCCCGCUGCAUACGCUGGGGAGCUGGCACAGAGCUGGGGAGGAGGAGAGGAAAGAUGAAGAGUCUGACUACUGUCCUGAUAGAGCUCUGUCUGCUGCACUACACGAUUGGAUGGAGGAACUCAACCAACCGCUGCAAGCAGGUCGGCAGUGCACACGAGCAGACCAUCGUUCCUCUGCUCAGUCCCGCUGCAAAACCCCUGACAGAUCUGAAGGGGCCUCUACAUUCAGAGGAACUUCGUCUGUGGCCAAACUCCCCGUCUUCCCCCUGAACUCUAGCUCACCGCCGUCAUCACCCACUAAGGGGGAGAGGGAGCCUGGCCUAAGCAAUCACGAACCUCCAGGAUCCAGACCUGGUGCACCCUCAGGGGGAUGCCGAGGACAGAAGGCCCAGGGUCGGGCGCUGUGUGGUGGGAAGGGCCUGCUAAGUGAGUCCCAGGUGCGGCUGCUGGUUGGUCUUCACUAUCUUCCCCAUGAACACGGCCCGUCUGCCCAGAAACUGCUCCAGGAUCUGACCUGGCUUAAAUCAAACUGCCACCUUGUCAGCGCCAACAGCAAAAAGGCACCUCUGAAGGUUGAUGAGUGGCGCGGUCGGGCCUCCAGGUUCCUGUCUCUGUGUGAGGACGUAGCACAGCUCCACUGCAGCGUGGUGGGUGGGGCCAACAGAGCUGUGCUCUAUGACCUUUACCCUUAUGUGUGGGACCUGAGGAACACGGCUCUGGUGGCAAAGGCCUUCAUAUGCUGGCUGGAUGGGCGAGUGUUGAGUGACAGCUCCACCCUGGGCUCCUGGAGAAACUGCUUCCACUGGUGUGGGAAGACCACUGGAGCGGACCUACUGGGCGUGGAGUCAGAGCCAUGGGCGUUCAAAGGGGGCAUUUCUGGGGAGGUGCAGAUGCUUCUCCCAAUAGGCAGCAGCAGUGAACUCUUCAGUCACCCACCUCCUCUCUUCCCUACCUCUCGUCUUUAUAACAUCAGGCCCUACCACAACAAGGACAAGCUGGAGUUGUAUCGGAUGGUCCGCCAACUUCACCUGAGGACUCAGGGUGGCCAAGAGUCCAGUUUUGCUCACCCAGAUGUCGUUGGAGACCGAUGUCUUGGACCGUGCCUGGCGCUCUGUCCCGAGUAUAGCUUCAUCCUGGAGGAUGAGCUGGGUGUGUGUGGCUGUGUGUUGGGCAUCUCAGAUGUCCGCUCGUUUGCCAAGCGUUGCCAGGCCAACUGGAUCCCUGCCAUGAGGGACAAAUACCCACCCAAAGGAGGCAACACACAAUCCUACACACAGGAUCUGAUCCAGCUGAUGGAGGAAGACCAGGGCGAGUACCCCGACUCGCUUCUCUAUCACUUCCCCUCCCAGCUGCGACUGGACGCCCUGCCUGAGCUGGUGGACGUCAGCGUCAGCCGCACCCUGCUCACGGCCCUUCUCACUGCACUCAAGGCAAACGGUUCUCAGGGUGUGUUCUGUGAAGUGCAGCCGACAGACCGUCAGAGGCUGGAGUUCUUGACAAAGAUGGGCUUCGUUGAGAUCCUCAGAGGAGAAGCCCGGAGCCGAGAGGGAGUGGUGCUGGGGAGGCUGCUCUGAACAUAAAACACACACACACACACACACACACACACACACACACACACACAUAUGUGAAGACACUUGCAGUAGAUACAGAGGCAGUUACACAAACCAAAAGUUUUUAUUUCAUUUUCUGAUGGGACAGUCCUGGAUUUCUUUGAGUCUGAGUUGCAAUAAUGGGGGUGAACCCAGAUAUUUCUGAGGGAUUUACAAAACGUAAAAUAAGCCUUGAAUGUAAACCUUCAGCAGAGUUGUGCUAAUCCCUCUGGGAUUCUGCCCCUGACUGAGGAUUACGAGCCUGAGUCUAAUUUGAUGUGGGAGCAGAGAGUGAGAACACAGCAGCACCCAAGUUCCCUCUGUGCGACAUGUAUCUUCAAUCAUUUUAAUUUCUUUUUAAAUAGCUAUGAUCAUGGAUUUUGGCAUUUGCAAUGGGUUGAUUGCCGCGACCAGGUGAAUCCACAGAGAAAUCGUUUUUGUCUCCGCAGCUCUCCUCAGCUCCAUGGAGCAUUUUAGCAUCUUUCAGCUCAUCGUUUUGUUUUUCUGACCUACAACUUCACGUUUUAGUCACCGUCAGCGCUCUUACUAGUGACGUUUCCAGUCGCAGCGCGCGGUUGUUUUCUGUGCAUGAAAGCAAUCAUUCAGACAUAUAAGACACAUGAAACACACACACAUACAUAAAAACACACACACACAAAAACCAUUGAAAGACAUAAGAAUGGCUACAAAAUUCUCAUUUUACUUUCUGCAAGAAAGUGAAUGUGGGCUUUCCUAAUUGUUUCUUCAAGCAGACUUCUGAAGAACACUGCUUCAUAAAGACAAUUACUUUAUUUUUUUCUUAAAAGUUAGGAUUGAUUUAUUUUCUUGCUCCUGUCCUGUUGGCCAAAUAGUCUGCAGACACCAGACCAGACCCAGGCACAACGUCACUGUUUACACUCAGUGCUUAGUUUGGAUGAAUGAUUACAUGCAUGAUCAACGAAACAUGGCGUGUACGAUAACGUGUGCCGACACUGACACCAACAUAAAUCAUUUCAAUGGAAUGCUUUAAGGUGGUAAUAUUGAUGAGUAUGUGUUACUGGGCUUUUCUCGUCCAUCAUAGCUAUGAAGUCUUUAGGAGAAAAUGCGACAAAACGCAACUGCAUGCACAUUAGAAAACAGACAGAAAAAUCAUUGAAGUUUUCAGAUUUCUGUGCAUGAAAGCAAUCAUUCAGACAUAUAAGACACAUGAAACACACACAUACAUAAAAACACACACACAAAGACAAACACAUACACACUUAUCUGGAGUUUACACUUGUUUCAGUUGGAUAUAAUAAUAAAUACAUCUCCCUCAUUCAACAUUCACACAGUUGUCAGAUACAUUUCAAGUGUGAAUAUGUUAUAUGUUUAUUUGUAUGGUGUGUGUGUGAGCCAAAUAUACCAACUCAAAACAGCUACUGUAUGUCCUUCUGCCUUUAUUACAAACCAAACAAACAAAUUAAGCACACACACACACACACACACACACGAUAAAAGCACAACAGCACUCACAAUCAGAUCUUCAACUGAAAGUAUGUAGAACUAUGAAUGUUCUAUAAAAAAAAUUGUAAUGCAGCUUGAAAAAAUGACAACCACCAUUUGUGGUUAAAAUUAAGCUUUACCAAUCACUGACUGAAAGGCACUUUUGUACGUCUCUUCUUGUUACCGACCUCAUCACCAUUGUCUGUGAGGUAGUUCAUGGUAAGAGUCUAGUCCCAGAAUUAUGUAUAUAUAUAAUUUAAAAAAAAAAGAUUCUUAAAGCACUGAAAUAGAAAUGCAUGAUGUAAAAAAAACUUUUAGACAAGAUGUCAUUGUUUGUUACAGCAGGUAGUACACCACAUGAGGUAAAGUCUAAUUUAAAAAUGUGUGUGUAUGUGGGUACGUGUGUGUUUGCAAAUAGGUCUGGUGAUGAGGAAUAUACGAAAAUUUUACACACAGGCAACAUGAAGCACUGAAAAACAAAACAUUAAAAUAAUAAUUAGAACAAUAAUAAUAACAAUAAUGAGUUGCCUUCAAACUCUAGGCCUAAGUAGCCGACCACUCCGUCCAUUUUAGAAACACAUGACUUGUCGUCUGCC